AUCGAAACUAAUGUGAUCCUAACAUAUUGAGGGGAGAAAAAGGAUACGACGCGCGCGUCGGGGGAGAAAASACUGGAAAAUCGAUGAACGCAUUGACACCAUAGUCCGCUUUGUAGACAGGCCAUAUCGAUAUAAAGGCAAAGAGUCCAACUACUGCAAGACAACACACGAUGCCCGAUUGCCGAGUCCCAGCACCCAUUGAGCUUUCUUUCUCUACAGCAGCCAUUUCAAUACUCUUCUCGUUGCUAACAAUCCCUGGCAACAUCCUAGUAUGCCUAUCAGUGUUCAUCGACCCUUAUAAUAAACUACGCACUCCAUUCAACUUUUUCAUCGUCAACCUCGCUCUGGCUGACUUGACAGUUGGGUUAAUAACUGAACCUAUGUCAGCRGUGUAUCACUUUAGAGAGGGCCUGGGACUGCAGUUCGCUGAGCUGCAAAAAGCGCACCAUUACUUAUACUUCACGACUUGCACUGCUUCGAUACUAAGCCUCGGGGUGCUAACCGCUGAAAGGUAUACCGCAGCCGCAUCUACGCAGAGCUACCGCUCCAGACAGACAGUAUCGAGUAGGAAUUACGUCUUGACAAGUGUGGUUAUUUGGAUCAUUUCGUUCUUGGUAUCAGCGAUUUAUUUCAUUGUUGGGCCUCUUAUUCAGUCAAUUGUAUUCACCGCSACGGCYAUCGCUGCUACAUUUGUGAUUUUGAUCUUUACCUACCAGAGAAUCUUCAUGGUUUUGAGAGCGCAUAGCUGCGAACAUAAAKCUCGUUUAAAGCARGASASUGAGGAUCAGAGACAGGCAAAACUCGCGCUUAAGAUAAUCRCAAGRGAAAAGAAGGUGACGCGCGUGUUUGCGCUCUUAUUGCUGUGCUACAUGUGUUGCUUCACACCAGCUUGYGCGAUCAUCUUUGCUAUGAAUUUCUGCGAGAUAUGCUCGUGUGAGGUGAUYCAUUGGUUGAGAGAUGUGCAGUUUUGGUUUGUGUUGCUCAAUUCUGUCGUCAAUCCUUAUCUCUACGCCUUUAGAAUUCCUUAUUUUAAACGAGCWAUUAGUUAUAUUUUAAGAUGUCAUUGUGAAAGUCAUCGCGUCAACCAUUCUAAUAGCAUAAAUAGCCAAACUGACACGCAAAAAUCAGACACUGAAAAUGCCCAUUUGCAAUUUGACAGUGCCGUCAAGACUAGGGUUAGGUUUGCAGCCUCUAUCAACAUUUGCUGUGACUAGCUUAAAACAUUUGACCACAAACUCCACGGACUUCAUACGUAAGGUACGUAAGGUACGUAAGGUACGUAAGGUACGUACGUAUCACCGGUAGUGAAUCCUCAUCGUCCUUUUCUAAAGAAUUUCUUCUGAAAACUACUGAAGUUUAUUGGGUUGAAUAGCCUAGGGGGAGCAUACCUACACACAGUUUACUGGUACGUAUACGCCCGUAAAUUCAAAACGUAACGUAUGUAUUCAGUAGUAUUGAACAUGAAUACUCUAGGUAUACGUCAAGUAUACUGGUACGUAUAMGCCCGUAAAUUCAGUACGUAAUACAUGCAUUCAAUGAUAUAGAAUAUGAAUACCGACUCAAUACAUCAAGUAUACUGUUACGUAUAAGCUCGUAAAUUCACUACGUAACGCAUGCAUUCAAUAGUACUGAAUAUGAAUACUCUAGGUAUACGUCAAGUAUACUGGUACGUAUACGCCCGUAAAUUCACUACGUAACGUAUGCAUUCAGUAGGGUUCAAUAUUCUCCAACAAGCUAUAGAAUUCAGAGGUAAAGUGGCACCUCUAUUUAGCGGCCUAUGAUUAAGUGGCCACCCUCUCUUAAACGCCCACAAUAAAAAAAAUCCUAAAACCUAUAUUCAUGCACCCUCUAUUAAGCGACCAAACUUUAUAAAACAGCCGGUUUUUAGGGUGACCGCUUAACAGAGGUACCACUCCAUAAUCUUGAUAAAGUGAUUUUUUGAAAUGCAUCUGAAAAGAAAAAGAUUAUGUGUGAUUUGUACUAAUCGAUCUGAACAAAAGAAUACAAAGAGGUMUGAUGUUUUAUCUAAGUACAUCAUUACGACAGACAAUCACUUUAUUUACUUAACUAUUCAAAUAUAGAUAUAUGUGACAAAAACCUUUCAGAACGUCAUUCUCAAGUUAUUAAACUUCGCCUAUAAUGAAACGUUUACAUUUUUCUUGCUCAACUUAAAAACAAGUUCCAUAUCGACUGUCUUAUUAAUAUAUGAUAAAAACCCUGGAACAGUUUCUCUUUACGCCUCAUUUGUUAUAUUAGUGUAUAUUUACUUUUCGUGUUAUAGUCAAACAGGAUGUGUAGAAUAGAAACAUUGACUGGCAUGGUGUAGGUGUAUUUAUUUAGAAACCAUAAU